AUGGUUGCGCCCCGAUUGCCUCCGCUCUAUGUGCUUAUCGGCCUGAGCGUCCUCACUCUGAUCAUAUACUUCAGGAGCAGCGUCGGCUCCAGCAUCCCUUCCUUCUCCAUCAGCCAUCAAAGUCCCGCCAAUGCGACUUUGGGCUUCGGUGGCUUGUUUGUUGUCUCUGGCCCUGGCAGUCCACGCCGCAAUAACCUGAUUCAAUCCGCCAAUGUGACCGAGCUGCACUUCACCAUCCCUACCCUGCCAACAUGGACAGAAGAACAAAUCAUGGCCUUCAGAGGCAAGAACGACAAGUCGUCUAUCACAAACGGUUCCGUCCGCGCAUGGCUCAGCCACAACCUCGUCCUUAACGAGUUCCUCAAGUCGGGUCUCGAGACGGCCCUUAUCCUGGAAGAUGAUGUCGACUGGGAUAUCCGCCUACGAACACAACAAGUCCCACUCGCUGCCACGGCCGCACGCGCAUUGCUGCCGCCAGCUGGUGACGAAUACCCUUGGGGACACCCGGACGACUGGGAGCUCUUCUACGUCGGACACUGUGGAGACUACUUUACAACCAUGGACGAGCCCGUUGGUGUCGGUGUCGUUCAUCCUAACAAUCUGACCGACCUCNCCCACGUCGUCUACCCCGAUCAGACUCUGCCUCGACGAACCGACCUACAUCCUUUCACCUCUUCCCUCCUUACCGCCUUCGACGUACCUGAAAAAGCGCGCAUCGUUCACAAAUCUGUCUCGCCGCUUUGUACCUUUGGCUACGCCGUCACCCGAGCCUCGGCCAGACGACUUGUCGAAGAAUAUGCCNCCGUGGCCGGCGACCGUGGCAGUAUCGACCAUGCCUACGAUGUCGCCAUCCUGACCGCUUGCCGCGACAAAGGUCUCCGCUGUUUCACCGUCAACCCAGAACUCUUGCACCAUAUGGAGGGCGAGAGUCUGAUUAGUAAUCUGGACCACAAGAAAUGGCGCCCGCCCGUCGACGCCGCUGGUCUCAAGCAGACAUACUGGAGAGGCGAGACCAGCAACAUUGGAUGUGGCUUCUGGAGCAGAGACUUCAGCUGGAACGGCGACAAAGACAAGCUAGAUCACCUCCGAGACGAGGUUGGCCGUAAAGGUCAAUGCUUGAAGAAGGAUCGCUUGCCCAAUGGCGAUCGAGUUGACGAUAGCAAGCUGCUGGUCAGCAGAUAA